AUUAGGCAUAAGAACGAACGGUGAACGCUGCAGUUUACAAUGCUAAAACUUCUAAAAAGCUUUUCUUCUUUCUCCUAUCUUUUCCAAUUUCAAUCUCUCUGUCCUUUUUAUGUAACAAGCACAGGCUUUCUAUCUUUGGUAACUAAACAACAACAAUUCUAUGAUGCAACCGUUCAAAGCCGUUAACUCCACCCUCUAACACCACCUAGGGUUUCCUUUUUUAGUAUUUCAGGCCUGUUUCUCGUUCUGUCUCUCUCUCUGAGUCACUCGCUUUCUCUUACUCUUGAGUCCUUGGAAUUUAGCACGGACUGCCCGAGUUUCUCUAGGGCGUUCGUGAGGUUUCUUUGGAUAUUUAAUUUGGGUAGAUGCUCGGAAAGUUGCAAUUUUGCGUCUUGAAGUAGGAGCUCUGGAUUUGCUCAUGAAUUUCAGUGUAAUUUGGCUUUAUUUCGGCAGUUUUUGUCAUAUACAGGUAUAAAUACACACAUAGAGAGAGCCUCACAUAUUUGUGAGCAGCAGAAAAGCCGAAUCUGAAGGGGUUUCUGUGUUGUUGCUGAUUGAAAGCUUUGGCGUUUUGCUUCAGCAAUUUUCGGCGGUUUCAGCGUCGGCAGAGUUGAUAUUAUCGCUUUGAGGUUUUCUUUGCUGAUUGAGUGGACAGAGUUUUAGUGUUUUGUUGUUGAAUUGGGGUUUUUAUUUUGGUCCUAGAGCUCUUGGAUUUGCUUGUCGAAAGUGGAAGGCCAGUUAAAUGAUGAACGCUGAAAGUGGUCUGCCUGUAGAGGAAGAUGAUUGGGGAAGAAGGAUUGUUUUGAGCAGCAGUUAUUUGGUGGAGCAAUAACAGUGGUCAAUUUUAUCUGGAAGUGGAUUUUAACCUGAAUAUGGAAUACCCCUUUUCACCUAAAGAGAAAGGGAGUGAUCAUUGGGCAUCUUCCAGAGCUCAGGUGGAGAAUUUGGGAUCACUUGAUGUUGGAACAAGGAACUCGAUUUCAGAGGAUAUGUUUAAUAACAUUUCUGAGCUUAUGAAUUUUGAUACUUAUGCUGGAUGGUGCAGUCCAGCAGCAAUGGAUCAGAUUUCAGCCUCUUUUGGCGUGCCAUCAUGUCCAUCAGUGACCUAUGCGCCUUUGGACGCCUUGAACUUUGCAGAACAGAAUGGUGAGGCAUUGCCUGGGACCGAAGGUGGCGAAACUUUUAAUGUGGGGGGAAGUUCUUUCAGUUGUGAAGACAAAAUUGUGUUUCAGCAAAUGGACACCCCCCAAUUUGGGGUUUCAACUGAUUCCCACGAUGCUAAUGACUUGGCUGCCAAGCUAAAUAAUGGUUCUUUUCAACAGAAUAAUGUCAUGGAUGUGGGGAAAUAUAUGAUCUCUAGGCCACCUGGAUUGUCACUUAAUGAGAAAAUGCUUAAGGCACUGUCGUUGUUUAAAGAGUCUUCUGGUGGGGGUAUUUUGGCGCAAUUAUGGGUUCCCGUGAAGUAUGGUGAUCACUACUUGUUAAGCACUUGUGAGCAACCCUAUUUGCUUGACCAUAUUCUUGCAGGGUAUCGUGAAGUGUCAAGGACGUUUACAUUCCCUGCAGAAGAAAAACAGGGUUCUAUCCUGGGCCUUCCUGGGCGUGUAUUUGUCUCCAAAGUUCCAGAGUGGACUUCAGAUGUUAGUUAUUACAAUAAGGCUGAGUACCUGCGGGUGGAUCAUGCAGUUAAUCAUCAAGUCCGUGGAUCAAUUGCCUUACCAGUUUUCAAUUUUGACUCAGAAAUGUCAUGCUGUGCUGUGUUGGAGCUUGUCAGUACAAAAGAGAAACCCAAUUUUGAUACAGAGAUGGAAAUAGUUUGCAAUGCACUACAGGCUGUGAAUUUGAGGACCACGGUGCCUCCUCGACUUCUUCCCCAGUGCCUCUCAAUGAACCAAAGAGCUGCUUUAACUGAAAUAACUGAUGUCUUACGAGCUGUUUGCCAUGCACAUAUAUUGCCAUUGGCUCUGACCUGGAUUCCUUGUUGCUACUCUGAGGGUGAUGACGAUGAAAUUAGAAGAGUACGUGUCAGAGGGGGUAUUACAAAUUCAAAUGAGAAAUCCAUUCUAUGCAUUGAGGAAACAGCUUGUUAUGUAAAUGAUAGAACGAUGCAAGGCUUUGUGCAUGCAUGUGUAGAACAUCAUCUUGAGGAAGGGGAAGGAAUUGCUGGGAAAGCACUUCAAUCAAAUCAUCCCUUCUUCCUUCAUGAUGUUAAGGUGUAUGAUAUUUAUGAAUAUCCACUCGUUCAUCAUGCACGCAAGUAUGGUUUGAAUGCCGCUGUUGCAAUCAGGCUAAGGAGCACCUACACUGGUGAUGAUGACUAUAUAUUAGAGUUUUUUCUCCCUGUCAACGUGAAGGGGAGCUCAGAACAGCAACUUUUGUUAAACAACCUUUCGGGUACCAUGCAGAAAAUGUGUAAGAGUUUAAGGACAGUUUCAGAUGCAGAAUUAGCUGGGGUACAAGGCUCCAACACUGGGGUUCAGAAAGGGCCGAUCCCCAAUAGCCCACAACAGAGAAAUUCUCAGACAACAUCAUCAGAUAGUGAAUUGAAUUCAAUUGAGAAUAUGCCCUCCGAUGUAUUUAAUAGAAGAAAUGGGGGAAUCAAAGCAGAGAAUCCCCGUGAACAGGCACCUGGAUCAAGAAGGCAGAUGGAGAAAAAGCGAAGUACAGCGGAGAAAAAUGUGAGCUUGAGUGUUCUACAGCAAUACUUCUCUGGAAGUCUCAAGGAUGCUGCUAAGAGCAUUGGGGUCUGCCCCACUACGCUAAAGAGGAUCUGCAGACAACAUGGGAUCUCUAGAUGGCCAUCUCGUAAAAUAAAUAAGGUGAACCGUUCAUUGAAGAAAAUACAAACUGUGCUUGAUUCUGUUCAGGGGGUUGAGGGAGGAUUGAAGUAUGACCCAAGUACUGGUGGGUUUGUAGCAACAGGGUCCAUCAUCCAAGAAUUUGAUGCUCAGAAAAGUCGUUUAUUCCCUGAGAAGAGCCUGCCUGUUCAAAAUUCUGAGCUAGUUACCCAAGAUCCAGUUCCAGUACCUUCAGUGUCUUGCAAUACUGGUGAGAGUUUGGCAAUUAAGUUGGAAGAGGGUGGGUGUUGUAUUCCAACUUCUCACGAGGAAGGGGUAAAGAAACAGAAUAUUCUUCUUAUGCCUCAAAGGGACUCCAAGCCAAUUGCAAUAGAAGGAAAUAAAUGGGGUCACAGCAAGAACAGUCUAAAAUUAGAGAAUUCUGACUGUCACUUUGUGUCCCAAAGCUCAAGCUCCUUGGCUGCUGCUGAUGAUAUGGACACGGGAGUCGACGGGGAUGAUGGGAUUGUCGAAUAUAACCAGCAUACUUCUUCGAGCAUGACGGAUUCAACAAAUUGCUCUGGUUCAACUCUGCGCUCAUCAAGUUCUCAGAGCUUUGAGGAGCAAAAGCAACCAAACAUGAACGCAAGCAGCAUUGAGAAUGGGUCAAAAAUAAUUGUGAAAGCUACUUAUAAAGAAGAUACGAUCAGGUUCAAGUUUGACCCUUCUGUUGGGUGCUUUCAACUGUAUGAAGAGGUUGCAAAGAGGCUGAAGUUGCAAAAUGGGACAUUCCAGCUCAAGUAUUUGGACGAUGAAGAGGAAUGGGUGAUGCUAGUGAGCGAUGCAGAUUUGCGGGAGUGCCUUGAAAUAUUGGAUGACAUUGGGACACGUAGUGUGAAGUUCAUGGUACGUGAUACACCUUUUGGUGUCGGUAGUUCUGGCAGUAGCAAUUGUUUCUUGGCAGGGGGCUUAUAACAGAUGGAGGUUACUCAACUCUAGGGUAAAUUUUGAGUCUGCUUCUAUAGUAUUUUAGGCUUUCUUUCACUAGCUUUAUGGGUUUUACUUCAUACGAGGUUUUACUUCAUAUGAGGUCAUGUACUUCCAUAGUGGUGAGAGGGGAGGGUGCAUGGGAUAUCUGUCUCUUUUGCCUAUUUCCUUUCCAAUAUUAGUUCACUUCAACACACACAAUGGAAAUCACUGUCUUCUGGCUCGGCUGCUUCGGUAGUCCGUUAAGAAGUACAGCUUUCUGGUGUGCAUGGUUGCCAAUGUAAAAGUUCCGAAGUAGGCCAAGAGAAGAUAUGACCUAUAUAAUAUAAAACCCAUGCAUGUUAUAAUAAGCUGUGUAUAUGUCAUAGUGGAUGUGGUCAUAGAAAGGUUAGGGGAGUGCCUUAAUCCCCAGUCUGUAUAGUCUCUAUAAAUGUAUCAACUUGAAAACAAUAGAAUUACGACUUGAAAUUGUUUAUCUUUGAAUCAGUACAUUCUUAGGAGAAAGUAAUGUUUAUAA